AUGUGUCUCUCUUCAGCAAGACAGUCAGUACUCCAUGUUCUCGGCAUCCCCGAUUUCUGCUGCCCAGGCGUUCGAAUGCCCAUCGUUGCGCCCUCAGAAUUGGAAAAAGAACCAAUGCAAGCACGCGAGAAUCAACCAAGGAGGUUACACGGGCCAGAAGCAAGCCAGUCGAGUGGCAGGGAUUCGCGCAGCCAGCAGAGAAAAUCAGUGGCCCAGAGUGCACCACGAAACCAGGUGGCGGCGAUCUCCCAAGGCUCUGACAUUCUUCUCCCUCUGCUCCCCAGCCAGCUGUCACGACUCACUUGUUCUCCCUCUCUGUCGCGCCUUUUUUUUUUUCUUUUUGUUCGAGUCUGGUAG